UGAUCGAUGAAUCCGACGAAUGAACAUUUUGUUUUGACAUUUCACAGACGUAGAGAGAGAGAAUUUGAUUUGGUUAAAAAAAAAAUAUUUCCACAAAAUUAAACAAUUUCUGUCGUGUUAUUGCAUCAAAUGGUCCCAUCAAAAUUAAUUUAAUUUAAUUCCAUUCAAUUCGGUGAUAAAUUUGUGUGGUGAAUCUCUCAGUGGGAUAUGUUUAAGAAUGGAUUCAGAGGAAGAAUCACUACUUGUUGGAAAAUCCAAGGACGAUCAAAUUAUUGAUGACCAAAUCAAUGAAAAUAAAUUUAGCAAUGGAAAUUGCACCACUGUUACAAGCCCUACGCCGAGCCGCAGAUCCGAUGAGCCAACGGAAUUGAGCUUUGAAAAGAAUCCCGAAAACUCUGAGGAACGGUCAAAACGACAAAAAAUCGAAAAUGCACUGCAGAAUCCCAAUACGAAUUUACAGACCUGGCAGAAGUUCGCAAUUUCCGAAUACGGCCUCAUCAAUGACGAUCUGCGACGCAAAGUCUGGCCGCUAUUGGUUGGCAUCGAUCCGGAUAUGGUUGAGCCGGCUCCCACAUUAGAUGAACUGAAAACACAUCCCGAAUACAAUCAAGUGAUAUUGGACGUGAAUCGGUCGCUGAAACGUUUUCCGCCUGGCAUACCGUACGAACAGCGUAUUGCCCUGCAAGAUCAGUUGACUGUGCUCAUUUUGCGUGUUAUCAUCAAGUAUCCGCACUUGAAAUAUUAUCAAGGCUAUCACGAUGUGGCUGUUACGUUCCUGCUGGUGGUCGGCGAUGAGAUUGCAUUUCAUGUUAUGGAAAUAUUGUCGACGAAUCAUUUAGUCGAGUGUAUGCAGGAAACAAUGGAACCGACACAGAAACGACUUAUGAGCUUGUAUCCACUGUUACGGCGAGAGAAACCCGAUCUGUGCGAUUAUCUGGAGAGGUCAACGGUAGGCACAUUGUUUGCAUUGCCGUGGUAUCUGACGUGGUUCGGACAUAGUCUAAAUUCAUAUCGGGCGGUGGUACGUCUGUACGACUAUUUCUUGGCAUCACCAAUUUUAUUGCCAUUGUAUGUCACCGCUGCCAUUGUAUUGUAUCGUGAAGAUGAUAUUUUUAAAGAAGAUUGUGAUAUGGCUAGUAUGCAUUGCGUUCUAUCGAAGCUGCCAGAUGAUCUACCAUUCGAGUAUUUACUAAGAUACGCGGAAGAACUAUAUAAGAAAUACCCACCGGACAUAAUCGAAAAGGACGUCGAGGAAAUGAUCGUUAGAGAGAAACUGCAACGAAAACUGGACCAAGAGAAUAUGGAAAGGCGACGUCGUGAGAUUCAACGCAGAAAAGCGGCAUCAACGUCAAUUAUCCGAAGAAUUCUACCCGGAAUGUUGCGCCACCGACGAUCGGUAUUCGUUACCACGGCCUUUUCCAUACUGGUUGGUAUUUGUGCCUACUACUACAAAUCGCAUUUCAUACAGGCCGGUAUCAGCUGAGGACGACUGUAUAUGCCGUUUUCCAUUGCUUUCCAAAGAUAUUUUCAAAGUGUGUAAAGGGAACAACAAAGUGUUUGUGUUUACGAUUGAAGGUGAAGUUUUUAUCGGAAAAAAUAGUUUUUUUUUACUUCGGUUUUUCUCUUUAGAUUUGUAAUUAAUUGGCCGAUUGAUUUGCACACACUUGCAUGUAAAAUAUAUUAAAACAUUCGCAUACGGCCAUCCAAUUUUUCGUUUUAAUUUAUUAUUUUGGGUUGUAUUUUGUAGGAAGUAAAAUUUAUUCAAUAAGCCAAUAGGUCAUAAGAAUACGGACGGCGGCAUGCAUAUUAUGUCAUAUAAUUGUCAGCAUAAAUAUCAAGUCUGUUACUGAUCGACGCCGCAUUUUGAUCAGAUUCAUACAAACUAUUUUCGUUCAUCAGUUCAAACAUAAGACCCUAAUUCCAGACCUCAUCCAGAAGAAAAUUCAGUGCAUUUUUUAGGUGACGUAAAUCUCAUGAGGUCCGCUUAAGCUCAAUACAAGACAUAUUUUUAAGUCCAUUGAGACACCAUAAAUCAUCUGAUAUCAACAUCGACGACAAAAAUAAUCAUUCAGUUCUUGCUUCCGUUCUCACACUGAAAUAUUUCAUAAUAGCAAAUUAUGUCCUCGUUUAGAACUUUUUAUUUUGUCAAGUGUGGUGUUUGCAUCGCGAGUCGAUGACGAGAGAUGUAACCACACAAAGCAAAAUAAAACGUCCCAAACAAUUACGUUAGGUAUUUUACUCACUAAGCCUCCGGGAAAUCGAUUUUAACGUUCAUGUCGAUGAAGUAAAUGACUCAAUGCUCGGGGGAUUAGUGAGUAAAUAUAUGGAAGUGAUAGAUUGUGUAUCAUAGGAAAUACUUUACACGAAUGAUGUCACAAAUUUAAUGAUUUCGUUGUGAUACGCUUGGCGUUUCCACAAGGCUACAAAGAGAUUUUUUUCACAUAUUUCUCUGAUGACUUUGGUCAUUUAGAAAUCGGUAGAAAGAGCGACUUC